AUGGUUUUCCGCCUGCAGGCCAUGGCUGCCACAAAAUUCCUCAUUCUGGUUCUGCACUGCAUCGUCCGGUACCCACAGACAGCCGGUGAAGAGCUGGACGAGGCGAUGCGCGAGCGCAUGCAGCAACGUGCGCAGCUGCUGAGCCUGGAGACGUCUCGGCUGCUGCAGGAGCUGGAGCAGAGCAGCCAGGAGCCGAGCAGCGUGGCAUGGGGAGCCCUGCUCUUUGCUGCCUUGCAGCAGUGGCAGUUCUGGGCCAUUGCUGGAGUCCUGGUCCUGCUCUCUGGGCCCUGGUGGUGGCUCAGGAAAAGGAGCCAUGAACAGGACGGCAGCAGUGACAAGCAGAUCUUAAGCAACGAGGAGAGCUCCAGCAGUGACAGGGAGCAGGAGGAAGAAGACGAGCAGGAAGAGGUGCAGGAGGAGGAAGAAAGUGAUGGGGAAGGUCCUGAUGAUGAGAGGGAUCUGGGUAGGACUUUUGCAAAGCGCAUCCAGUGGCCAGUGCAGAACCUGGCCUACCGGCGACGUGUGGUGGAGCAGCUGGCGGGUGACCUCCUCCAUGUCUUCCAAGGUCAAUGGUCAACUAGUUUCUCUCCAGUGCUGCAGCCAGCCAUCAAGGCGGGCAGCGCCUUUGAAGGUUGGAGUCCCCACGGGGACGAUGCUGUCUACUGCCUGCUCGUGCCCCCGCAGGCCCCCCGUGGGCACGCCUUCCAGCUCGAGCUGAGCACCGUGGGGGAACCGCCGGCGAAGGUUUCCUGCAUCCGCGUGGAGCUGGUGUGCACCUGCAUGAGGGCACAGCUUGUGGAGAACUUGCUGUGCUUCCUCCACCACCCCGAGGAGGAGCUGAGGAGGAAUCAGGACCCCAGCCUCCUAGACACCCUCUGCACAGGCUCCUACCUAGAUGUGCAGAAAACUGCCCACUGGUUCCAGCAAUUUGUGAGGUCAGCCUGGAUGCUGAUGCCUCUGUCCGGUCGCUACAAUAUGAAGGUGCUGCCCUCCAGCUGCUCCUGCAAGCUGCAGCUGACUAAUGCCUCCAGGAGGACCCUCUUUAUUGAGAUCACGUUGGGUGUGCAGCAAGGCGACUCGGACAUCUUCCUGAGCAGCCAGAGUUCAGAGGCCAUCUUCACCCCAAGCACAAUUUGGUCAGAGAGCUACGCUGUGGCUGAGAUGAAGUUCUUCAGGCACAUAGCCCGGCAGGUCCCACGUGACAGCUUCCACCUCAGAUGCCUGCAGCUCUGCGCUCGCGCCAUGGUGGGCACAGGCUUUUCCACCUAUACCUUGAACACAGCUGUGAUGCACCUCCUGACCACCAUACCCCUGUCAGGCUGGCGCAGGAGGGAUUUCCUGCUGCGGCUGCAGGAUAUCAUGCGAUACCUGCGCUGCUGCCUGGAGGAGAAACGCCUUGACCACUUCUUCUUUGGCAAUGAGAACAUGCCCCAGGAGAUCGUCUUGCCCCCAGCUUUACAAGCGGCCAAGCCACCCAACCUCUUCCAGCACCUGGCGCAGGAUCCAGCUGCCCAUGCUGAGGCACUGCAUGACUUCUAUGAGCUGCGUGAUCGGCUCACGAGACUGCUGAUCUAUGGAAACUGAAAGAGGUCUUCCAGAGCUGUGUUUGCAGGGCUCACAGCCAACGGCAGACAGUG